UGGUCGCGGCUCCUGCGCUGCUGAUUUCCUCUGAGCUGCAGCCGGUGGCGGCGUGAGGGAGAGCAGCUGCCGAGUCCGGGAUUCUGCAGGUGAUCGUUAGACUGGGACCCCCUCCAGCAGCAGCGGCACAGGUGGUCAGAGACCAGCUGGGUCUAUUCUGAAGUAUGGAGGACGACCCGCAGCAGCCUCCCUCUCUCUCCCAGCUGCUGAGGGUGAGCUACGAGGCCCGGGCCCAGCACCGCCACGGCGAGACCAGCCGCGCCGACGCGCCUUCCUCCCGCCUCCAGAUUUACGGCUCUCUGAAAGCCAAAGGCGAAGAAACCGUGGGCCACAACGACGCCCCGUUCCCAGACCUGUCCGCCUUCCUCAGCCAGGAGGAGCUGGACAAGAGCGUCAACUUGGCCUGCCAGGCCAUCGGACACGAGACCCGAGACGAGAAAGGCGACGUCAAGGCCGCUGUGACGUCAGGAAGUGACGCCACCAACCACCUCUCCCAAACCACAGUUUCUUUAUCCACCGUGGCUCCGGUCUCGAACCACUUACCUGCAUCUUCAUCCGCCUGGUUCACACCUGACAGGAAGACGCUCAGCAGGCAGAGCAGGCAAGACAACAUGACGAGGACCAGUGAGGACGGCAACCAAGGACUCAACGACACCAACAGUCUGGCCAAAAGCUCCCCGUAUGGUCUGGAGACCCAGUCCAAGAAAGAGUUCCUCAACAAGGCGGCGGACUUCAUUGAGGAACUCUCUUCCCUCUUCAAGGCCAACAGCUCCAAGCGGGUUCGACCGAGAGCUUGCAAGGCUCACCGGACCAGGACCCAGAGCAAAACCCAAACGGACGAUGCGGUUUACCCCAUCAGCCCUGACAACAGGGAGCGCGCCGCCAUGCCUGCUGUGGAGGUGGAGCAGGAGACGCCCGGCCCGGCGGCGGCCCGGCAGGACCCGGGGAGCGAGCGAGUGGAGUUUCAGGACUGCACGGUUCCUAAAGAGGAGCAGUUUGACUGCGUUUCUCAAGAAACAGAGGAUCUGGACAAAAGCCUGGCGCUGACAGAGAGUCCGAACCACACGGAGCCGGCAGGUGAACCUCCACAUUUCAUCCUGAAGCUGAAGAGCAGGGAGGUUCCUGAAGGCACCAAGGUCCAGCUGGACUGCAUCGUGAGGGCACAUCCUGGCCCUGAAGUCCGGUGGUUCUGCGAGGGAAAAGAGCUGGAAAACAGCCCUGACAUUCAGAUCAUCACCAGCGGCGAGCUUCACUCUCUGGUCAUAGCAGAGGCGUUCGAGGAAGACACCGGCCGAUAUUCCUGCUUCGCUUCCAACGUCUACGGGACGGACUCUACGUCGGCUGAGAUCUAUGUUGAAGGUGCUUCUUCUUCAGACUCUGAGGCUGAACAGCGAGUUGAUCAUGGAGCCCAGUUGCAGCAGAAACCAAAGUCAUCUAGAUCUUUCCCUCAGUCGUCAAACCAAACUCGGCCUGUGAAGGAAGACGACUCGGCAUCGUCUCCGCUCGCAGUGCAACCGGAGGAGGAUUUGACCCAAACUGCUCCAGAAGCUCCUCUGCCGGUCCGGACGUCUGCCACCAUCCUGCAAGUCCCCGAGCUCUCCAGAGUGACCCUGGCCCCUCCUGCUGGGGAGGAGCAAAGACUUCUACCUGUGCAGGUGUUUCCCACUUCAGCAGAACUAACAGAAACUGAAAACGCAUCAACAUUGGCUUUAAAUCCAGCCGGGUCGUCCAUUCUGUCCACUGCAGCAGAAACGCCACAACUGCAGACUGCGACCUUCGGCCAGCUCCACUCAGAGGAAAGAACCGGGCCGUCCGUCAUGGCCGCCCCGAUGUUCACCAAGAGCCUCCAGGAGCUGAGUGCGUCAGAAGGCCAGCUGGUGGUGCUGGAGUGCCGGGUGAAGGGAGUCCCGUCUCCGCGGGUCGACUGGUUCAGGGACGGAAAACUCCUGGAGGACUCGCCUGAGUUCAGGAUCCUGCAGAAAAAGCCCAGAUCUCCAGCAGAACCAGAGGAAAUCUGCACGCUGGUUAUAGCUGAGGUUUUUCCAGAGGACUCAGGGAUGUUUACUUGCACAGCCAACAACAAUUAUGGAACGGUAUCCAGCUCUGCUGCUCUGAGGGUCAAAGCUAACAGCAGCGACAGUAGCCAUGCCAGGCCUUUCAGCGGGUCCCUGACAGAGUCCCGCCGAGGCCAGGCCUUCACCCCGCCGGCUCUGGCUGUGACCUCCCAGCCAGAGGUCACGGUGAGCAGCAGCAUCCGCCUCGAGCCGCUGGUUUCCAGCACGUUACGCCUCGACCCAUUAAACACCAGCACCCUCCGUCUGGAGCCCUCGGUCCUGAACUUGGACAGCGUCUCGGGGUCCAGUGGUCCAGGCGUCGAUCUCCAGAACCCCAGGCAGAUUUUCUCCAGUCAAAGGCCUUUCACCGUUUCUCCUGCGGCGGCGAAUACGUCUGAGCAGAAAGCGUCCAGACCGUCGGAUAGAAAUGCCAAGGCAGCCCCAAACUGGCCAAACGGCGGCAGCGGCGUGGUUCCCCUGCCCGACCCGCCGCCCAACUCCUGCCUGAAAACAGGAACCCUGGCGAACCACAGAGACUCCCGAUCCGGGGCUCGAGUCGGCCGGCGCGUCCACUUCAAACUCCCCGAGGACGAGGAGGACGAAGAACAAGGCGACUACGACGAAGACCUCAGUCUGGCGUUGUACGGCAAAGAGCCGCCGCCAGUUCUGGCCAAGCCCAAACUGGACCCGGCUCAGCUUCAGCUUCUGCACAACCAGGUCCUCAUGGAGCAGCAGCAGGAGAGCGAACCCAAACCCCACACCCAUCACCGGCCCCACCACCCAUUCCAGACCCAGCUCCCCUCUGAGGUCCAAAGCCCCUCUGAGGCUCCUCUGUGGUCUCCCAGAAUGCAUCGUGAACCUCAGAUUCCUCCGCUGAGCGCCACCAAACCUCCAGCUCCUUCGUUCAGCUCCGCCCCAGCCCUCAGCGCCGCCUCCUGGACUCCUCCUGCUGCUCCUCACCUCAACACGUCCCCCCUGGUGACCAGUCUGACCAACACCAUCCACGCCUCCCAUCUGAACCUUUCCCCUGCGGCUCUGAGCAGAGCCGGACCCAAACCCCAGUUCAGUUCCCCGACGGCUCCAAAGCUCAGCGCCGCUCCACCAGACUCGUCCGUUCUGCAGAUCACGUCCCCAACUCCUCAGCUCCGGAGCACUCACGCCUCCCUGAUGAACCUGACCGCCGUGUCCUUCAGCUACACCCGGCCCAAGGAGUUCAUCGCCGCUCAGACCCUCUCGCCCAUCAGGAGUCCGUCUCCGACAGAAUCGCCGGUUCCGCUGCUGCAGGAACUGGCCGCCGAGCUCAAUUCGUCGGCGGCCAGCUCCCCGACCCCACCGCCGUUCUCCCCGCCGCUCAGGUUCUCCCCCACCAGGGUUCUCAAGUCGCCCACCAGUCCUCCGUCUCUGGUGUCGUCUCCCACGUUCCUGAACAGCGGUCUGGGCUUACGGGCCCAGUCGCCGCCACAGGCAUCCUCCCCGACCUCCAGCAGCUCCUCGCCCAGCCCCAUCCAGAACCCGGUGGCCUUCCUGAGCUCCGUCCUGCCGUCACUGAGCCCGAGUCAGCCCACCAACUCCAUGGGGCUUCCCAAAGGAGCUCCGUCAGGGGUCAAAAAGAAAACUCCCAAGACUCGCCUGCCAUCAGCUGAAAACAUCCUUGAGAGCAAAGAGCUUCUCCUCCAGGACAUGGAGAAGACACUGCAGUUAAAAAGUGAUGCUCCUCAGUUUGCACAUCAGCAGAAGCUGAGUGUUAAGGGGGAAACAGCCAGCAGACUCCUUGGACCAAACAAUGCUGCUACUGUCAUUAACUAUGAUGAGGAGUACAAAGUGUCCAACUUUGAGCAGCGGCUGAUGAGUGAAAUCGAGUUUCGCUUGGAGCGAACGCCGGUGGAGGAGUCGGACGACGAGGUUCAGCACGACGACAUCCCGACCGGGAAAUGCAUCGCCCCGGUUUUCGACAAGAAGCUGAAGAACUACAAGGCGAUGGAAGGCGUUCCCGUCACCUUCACCUGUAAAGUUCUGGGCGUCCCGCCUCCAAAGGUCUACUGGUUCAAGGACGGCAAGCAGAUCCUGAAGAAGAACACCCAGUACCAGAAGGUGAGGGAAGGCGACGGGACCUGCUGCCUGCACAUCGAGUCCACCGCCGCUGAUGACGACGGAAACUACACCGUCAUGGCCGCCAACCCUCAGGGACGAAUCAGCUGCUCGGGACAUUUGAUUGUCCAAUCUGGACCGCCGCGAAGCCGGCUGACGCCUAUUCAGUCUCAGAGGGUUCGCACUCGCAUCCAGGAGGUGGAAGGCGAACAAACCCAGGAGCGUUUCUUCCGACCUCACUUCCUCCAGGCUCCCGGAGACAUGAUGGCUCACGAGGGGCGACUCUGCAGACUCGACUGCAAAGUCAGUGGGCUCCCCAGCCCUGAGCUGAUGUGGCUGGUCAAUGGGAGGCCCAUCUAUCCAGACCUCAACCACAAGAUGCUGGUGCGAGAGAACGGCGUCCAUUCCCUGGUCGUCGACCCGCUGACGCAGAACGACGCGGGAACCUAUACGUGUAUCGCGAGCAACAAGGCAGGACAGAGCUCCUUCAACCUGGAGCUGAAAGUCGUUGAGAAAGAAAUGAAGCACCCGCCACAGUUCCUGGAGAAGCUGCAGAACAUGGGUAUUCCUGAGGGGGCGCCGGUGAGGCUGGAGUGCCGUGCGGCGGGAAUGCCGCCUCCGGCCAUCUUCUGGAAGAAAGACAAUGAAACAAUUUCAAAAACGAAGAGCAGAAUCAGCAUGACGCAGGACUCCACAGGAUAUGUCUGCCUUCUUAUUCAUCCAACAACAAAAGAUGAUGCUGGCUGGUACACUGUGUCAGCUAAAAACGAUGCUGGAGUUGUAUCUUGCACCUGCAGACUUGAUAUCUAUGCACAGUGGCAUCAGAGUAUCCCAGCACCAAUGAGGAAAGCUCCGCGAGCGAGCAGCCGCUACGCCGCUCUGACAGGCCAGGGCCUCGACAUUAAGUCGGCCUUUUCCACGUCAGACACCAGCCCCCUCCUGUUCGCCAGCUCGCCUCCGGAGGCCACCCUGGAGAGCGACGAGCUGUGACGCAUCGUCUGCCGUGUUCUGUGACCGCCAGGUCCAAACACGACGAGGCUAACGGGGAAAAAGGCCAACGGAGCAGAUUUUGUGUGGUACAUUUUUGAAGUGUUGCAUUCAGAUUUCAGCAGCAAUCAGCACUGAAAAGCUGCGUUUCCAUUACAAAUGUGCAGAAAACUUUGUUGAUGUUUUGCUAAAGUAAAAAAACAUGAUUUCACGAUUGAAGCGUCUCCAUUAAAGGGGCAGUAUUAUGUUUUCCUCUCACGUAACGCCAUUUUUAGCACAACCAAGUAACUAUUUUACCUUCAGUUGUUAUAAAAAGGCUGAAUAUAUCAAAUAUAACUUUGACUUUGUAAUUUAACACAUUGAAAUUGGGCCUCUGUCUCUUUAAAAACUCCUGCUCUUUCUGAAACUUCAGGAAAUAAUCCCAACAUGGCUCCCCUAUUAAUCCUUUAACAACGUUUAGCAAACCUUCAGCUCCCAUAAUGUUCCGCCAGGUGUUUGCUAAUUACUGCUGGCUAGUCUGAAGGGGUUAGUGGGGGAGGAGCUGCGUCUCCAAGGCGGCUGCAUGGUUGCCAUGGAGAUUAAAAUGAUUUCUCAAACAAGCAUGAAAGAAUCAUGGCAACACUCCAGGUUUGUUUUAGGUGCAGUAAUAACAUUAUAACACGAUGUAACGCUCAAAAAUGACGAUUUUACACAACACUGCCCCUGCACAGUUAAAAUUGCGUGACAAGUUUCUGUUGUCUUUUUUAUGCCCAUGAAUCUUUAUUUUAUUUAAGCAAAUGUCAAGCACACAACAAAGCAUACAGAAAAAUCACAUUUAAACAAACACAUUCAAUUAGAUAAAUACAUAUAUGACAUUUUUCUUCAUUUCUUAAAAAAAAAGAGAAACUGUGGCGCUUCAUUAAAAUAUUAAAAUAAAAUAAAAUUUAGCCAAAAGAAUUAAGGCUAAAUUGACUUGUGAUUUACCAAAAACAGUUUUGCCAUUGCAGUUUUGAUAACUAAUUUUGAUUCAGCUGAAAAAAUCUCAUCCAAGUGCAAAACAUUUUUUAAAAUCAAAAAACAAUUUUGUUUUUUUCCAAAAUUGGAGAGUUUCAAUUGAGCGAAUUCCAAUUUGCACAAUUUCAAGAUAAAUGGAAACGCAGCAGAAGAGUUUUACACCAUUCCUAUUUACUCAAAGACAUACGAACAAAGUUUUACAUGCAGAAAAAAAAUACAUACACAGUCUUAGCAAAGUCUCAUGAGCCACUUGAGACAUUUUUAUCUUUUCGGUUUGAUUGAUUCACGUAAUUUUUAUCUUAUAAUUAUCUGUGAAGACGCGAUGAAUGCUUAACGCUGCUGGUCUCCUUAAGGGCUUCUUGUGCCGCCUGUUUACCUGAGCUGCUUGUGCUGGUUGCUCAUCUGAAGCUGAGCAAUGAGCAAACGACACUUUCAGAUCCUUUCAAGUGAAAAUAUGCCCUUUUUUCAGAAUGCAUGAAUUAAAAGUGCAAAAGAAAAUGCAAAAUCUCUGGGUGCAUUCAAAACAAAACCAAAGAGAGAAGUUAAUUUUUGAGAUUGACCUCAAAUUUCUUAAAAAAAGAAAAACUUCUAAAUCUCUGGGCUCUAAAACUCAAAAAUGUACAAGGAAAAAAAAGAAUUUAACAUUUUGAGAUUAAUCUCAGAAAUUUUCUAGAAAAAAAAUAGAAAUUUCUAAGUUUCAAAAGUUUCUUUUUCAAACUAAAAAUUUUCAAAAGUCGAAAAUAUCAAAAUAGAAUUUCCAUAUUAAAAAAAAAUCAUUCCGAGUAAUCUCAAAAUUUCAGUUUUUUUCUCUAGUAAAUUUGUAACUUUUCAAACUCAGAAAUGUAUUUAUUCUUUUCUAGAAAAUUUAUGAGAAUGAACAAAAAAAUUCAAUUAUAUAUAUAUAUAUAUAUAUAUUUUUUUUUUUUUCAAAUUUUUGACUAUUCAAGCUAAAAAAUUUCCAUGUUUUUGUCCUAGAAUACUGCUGAGAUUAAUCUCAAAAGUUCAGAAUUUUUUGGCGUAAAUUUACUCGUUGGCCUAAUACGGUGGUUUAUGAAACACUGUUGGCUGCCAAAAACAUAAUUGUUUUGUUGCUGACUGGCUGAACCCCAAAAAGCAGAGAUAAUAGACUGAAGAUGUUGGUGUCGGUUCUCAGUUUCCACUGUAAUGCAGAGACAGAAACUUCUGCUGUGAUGAGUGAAAUGUAUGUGUAGAAGUAGGACUGUGGUUUGUAAAGUCGUUUUAAAUCUAAAAUAUUCAGAAAGUUACACGGUUAGUUUUUUCCCCAACACUUACAAAAAUAUUCCCAGUACUUUGGUUUUUCCACCUUUUAAUUUCAAAUUUUAUUAAAUGAAUCUCUUUCUUAAAAAUUCUGCACACAAAACCAUUAUUAGAUCAUGAUUAGGAAAAAGUUGGAGAUAUUUUCAAAUUUAUUUAAAAUUGUGUUUUAACACAAUGUUCAUGUUCACUGCAAACUUUGUUGUGUGGAAUAUAAUAAAAUUUCACAAUUUUUUUCCACUGGAAAAUUAAUUGUAAAUGCAUCACUUAUUUAUAAAAAUAAAAUAAAAAGUUUAGAAAUAAAAUAAAUAUUUUCUCCUACAAAAUAAGGUAAAUGACUUGGAUUAAGUGAAGCUUAUUGUUGUUGUUCAUUGGUUGUUUACCAGGAUGCAAAGGGUUUAAAAUGGGCUCAGUAAGUUUCUGAAAAUAUUUUUGUUUUCCUGCCCUCAUUUCUCCCAGAAAGCAGAAGCUAAUACAAUUUAUGGAAAGCCAGAAGGUCCAAAAGUCAUCCAGAAUGUCUCUCAAAUUCACAUUGCAUCUAUAUUCUCUUUGUAUUAAAAGCAAUUAAAGAUUGCCACAAGUGAUUUUUCUAUUUUGUUAUUUCGAAUGAAAUCUGAAGAAAUUUAAUUGCUCCUCAGUUGUUUUUAUAGCAGCUAAUUUCUGAUGUUUUGCAUUAAUAAAUUGUAAAAGAAAAUGUGUAAAAAAAACCAAAGUGUCUGCAAUUUUUCCUUUUCUCUGCUGUAUUGAAAUAUUUCCUGCAUAUUUUUUCUUCAUUCAACAAAAUUGUUUCUGAUUUUUUGGUUCACAUUAAAGCUCCAUAUUUUUACUUUACAUGCUUAUCUGCAGCUUACAGAUAAACUUCAGCUCUGCCGAUAGCUUGUUGAUCCACUGAAAAUGUUUUCUUUUAAUAUAACUCUUUCUUUCUUUGAGUUAAUUGAGCUUCGUGUUGACAGAAAUGUAUCUAUUGAAAUGAAUCCACAGUAAAAGUUGGAAGUUUGGAGAAGUAAAUUGGCAUUAGAAAUAAAACCAUUUUAUUUCCCUUUUCCGCUCCAUGGUAGCGGUAACAGACUUUGAUGAAUAAAAUCAAAUCUGGAUGUCGAACAGAAGGUCACCUGAUGUAAAGUUGCUGUAAAAUACUUUUGUCCAUCUCAGAAUAAAGUUAUAUUUAUGCAAAGCA